AUGUCGUGGAUGUCCUUUCGUUUGGCUCACACUAUUUCGCUAUGUUGCAUUGUUCUGUGCGUGUCUGCUGCUACCGAUUGCAGUAAAGGUGAUAAGUACUGUACUGCUAUUUUACCUGGUUCCGUCAACGACUACGGGGGCUUCGUCAACGACUACCACGACGGCUUCGUCAACGACUACCACAAAGGUUCCGUCAACGACUACGGGGGCUUCGUCAACGACUACCACGACGGCUUCGUCAACGACUACCACAAAGGUUCCGUCAACGACUACUACGACGGCUUUGUCAACGACUACCACGACGGCUUUGUCAACGACUACCACGAUGGCUUCGUCAACGACUACCACGACGGCUUCGUCAACGACUACCACGACGGCUUUGUCAACGACUACAGGGGCUUCGUCAAUGACGACCACGAAGGCUUUGUCAACGAUGACUACGAUGGUGACCCCAGUCUUACUGACUUUGGUGCUUCUGAUAUGGGCAAGUUGUGGAACACUGGCGAUGUGUAUGUGAAUAUCGCUGAUUAUACCAACUAUGACCGUAUUCAUAACCCGGAGAGGCUCCUUCCGUGGAUGAAGGGAUGGAGGAAGCAAACUGGCAAUACUGAGAGGAUUUGGUUGACUUACGGUGACACAGAGAAGUCCAAUGGGAAAAGGAUGGCAGACUUCGUGGAUACCUUCGAAGAGUACUUGGAAAAUUAUAUUUCGGCAGAAGACAUGCGGGAAAUUGCUCCCAUCGGUUUGAGCUACGAUAUUGAGCACAUGCAGCCGGAGGAUAUUAAGACGACUUUGCUGAAGGCUCAGCAGAUGAAGAAGGAUGUUAGCAAGAAAAUGGGCUAUGCCCCUGGUUCUCUGCUUAUUGAUUCGGCCAUCGAGGGUCAGAAAAAUACUCUGGGUACUCAGUACAUUAUGCAGUAUGCCGACCAUGCUACGAUGAUGCUCUAUCGUAACGCUAUUGACGGUGACUAUGCAGAUGAUCUCGUUUAUCGUAUGAAUUAUAUGAUGACAGAACAGUGUGCUGUGUGUACUCAACCAGGAUGGGAGAACUUGAAGGCCAAGAUCACCAUCAUGUUGGAAGGUUCUUGCACUGUUGGUAAAUACUGCCACAAGCUUUCUAUGUGUGCUUACGAUGCCGCAGCUUAUCCCAACUCCACUGGUGGUAUUGAAUAUGCAUGGGAGUUGCUCAACGAGUUGAAGGCCCGUACGGUUUCUGAUGGUAUUCUCACGCAGGAGCAGUUCGAUUUCCUCUAUGAUAUCCAUGGUUCCCUGUAUGUUGUUCAUAACUGGGAAUGGGUUAGAUGUUACUAUGGUGACAGUUUUUCUCUCGAGAUGGGAUAUUCCGAUUGUUUAGAUCAAUAUCACGAACUCAGUGGCAAGUGCCGAGCAGAGUGA